AUGUUCCAGUCUCGAUACCAAUUCCUAGGCUCCAGCCUACUGCUGCUGAACUCGAUUCUCGGUGCCAGUGCUACCACUGGUUCAUUGAAGGUUCUGACCUACAAUGUCGCCGGCCUACCCUCCGCUCUGUCAUCUUCCGACCCCGUGGAAAACACGCCAUACAUCUCCGCCCGCCUCUCCCCAUACGCCAUAAUCAAUGUGCAGGAAGACUUCAACUCCCAUGCCGCGCUCUAUGCUUCCGACAGCCACGCUUACCGCACCCCCACCUCCGGCGGCGUUCCCUUCGGCGACGGCCUCAACACCCUCUCCGACUUCCCUUACAUUGACUUCACCCGCACGGCCUGGGACGACUGCAACCUCAACUCCGGCGACUGCCUCACCCCCAAAGGUUUCAGCGCCAUGCGUGUCGAGAUCGCUGCAGGCAUCUGGAUAGACGUCUACAACCUCCACACCGACGCCGGCGGCGAAAGCGGUGACCUCUCAGCGCGCGCCGGGAACGUUGCCCAGAUUGUUGACUACAUCAACUCCUUCUCUGCAGGCAUGCCAGUGGUGCUCAUGGGCGACACCAACAUGCGCUACACCACGACAGGCGACAACAUCCGCGCUCUCGUUUCCGGCGGCGGCUUCACCGACGCAUGGGUCUCUGGCACGCGGGGCGGUACCCCACCGGCACUGGGUACUGAUGCACUGACGUGCGCUUUCCCGUUCGCGGACACGGUCACGGAUCAAGCUACGAUGCUGAGUUGCGAGGUCGUUGAUAAGAUCCUGUUCCGCAGCUCGCCGGUGCUGACGCUGUCGUUGGGGAGUAUCACGAAUGAGCACCGGAGCUUCCUGCACCCCACGGAUGGCGGCCCACUGAGUGAUCAUUACCCGCUCUCUGCGACAUUCACAUAUUCGACCACUGGCCUGCGGUUGUCGGAGGUUGUGGGAGGCCCGCAUGGGGACUACUUUAACGACGCUACGGGGCUCACUAGUACGCCUACUAUUACGACCCUGAAGCUUGCCGGCGGCGAGAGGGUCGAUAGUGUUAGCUCUACCUGGUCCACGGGAACAGUACUGGCUCACGGGGGCAGCGGCGGGACAGCGAGUAGUAUUACGUUGGCUAGCGGGGAGACGCUGGUGGAGGUGGAGGCGUGCCAGGGCGAGAAGGACGGGAAUACGAGGGUGUUUUACCUCCGUGUCAAGACGAGCGCUGGAAGGGAACUGGCGGUGGGCAAGACGACGAGUACGUGUACGGUUAUGAGCCCGCCCGAGACGGGGAUGAGGGUUGUGGGCUUCUGGGGGAGGGAUGGUGACGAGAUUGAUAGGCUGGGUGUGGUGUGGGGGAAGUAG